UUUUAAUGUCACGUGAUGUUGACGAUAAACGGACCUUUAAACUGUGAAGUCCAGGAAGUAACAGCGUCCUCAAAUUAAAUGGACUCAGACUCCAGGACUGACGAGGGAGAAUGAGCAGCUUCUUCUCUCCAAAUGUUUCCUCUACACAUGAAGGUGGAAAGUGUCUCAGCACAAACCAGACUGUACUGGACCUGAACCCAGCUGGGUGCCUUCAGUAUUCUUGGGUUGAUUAAUGUUCCCACUAUGUCCAGAAACCCUUCUAAGACGCGGACUCGUCAGCAGAGACCAGGCUCCUUUGCACCCAGAUUUGCCCCCACGAACAGUAACUGUUCGAUGGAUCGACCUAUUGACUUUAAAGGUGGAUACAACUGUACUGACCAAAUGAUUGAAGAGCAGAGACCAGAUUCUCCUGAACCCAGUUGUGUGUCCAUGAAGAGUAACCAGUCCAUGGAUCGUCCUAUUGACAUCAAAGGUGGACCCAACCACGCUGAACAAAUGACCCACCGUCAAAGACUAAAACCUGAACCCAGCUGUGUGUCCAUGAAGAGUGGCUGGUCUAUGGAUCGUCCAAUUAACCUCAAAGGUGGACGCAACAGUGCUGGACAAAUGAUCCAUCAGCAAAGACUAAAUCCUGAACCCAGCUGUUUGUCCAUGAAGAGUAACCGGUCUAUGGAUCGUCCCAUUGACUUCAAAGGUGGACCCAACCACGCUCAAAAAAUGAUCCAUCAGCACAGACUGGACUCUUCUGAACCCAGCUGUUUGUCCAUGAAGAAUAACCGGUCUAAAAGUAUAAAUUAUGAAUUCAAAGGUGGACACAACCACGCUCAACAAAUGAUCCAUCAGCACAGACUGGACUUUUCUGAACCCAGCUGUUUGUCCAUGAAGAGUGACCGGUCUAAAAGUAUAAUUUAUGAAUUCAAAGGUGGACACAACCACGCUCAACAAAUAGUUCAUCAGCAGAACUCAGAGAUUCCCAGUAGUAAGUCUGUCCAGCAGCAUCAAACAAACUUGGACUCCAUAUUUACACUACUGGAGGAAAACAUCAUCAGUUUUGUGAAGAGUGAGCUGAAGAGGGUCCACAAAAUUCUGAAUCCAGAUUACCCAGAAUGCUUAGAGAGUCGGAGGGAGGAUGAGGAGGUGUUGGACGGUGAGGAUGAAGAGCAGAGGAGGAGCAGCAGAGAGGAGUUUCUGAAGAUCACAGUGAACUUCCUGAGGAGAAUGAAGCAGGAGGAGCUGGCUGACUGUCUGCAGAGCAAGAUUCUCACUAAGUGUCAACAUGAACUCAAGUCAAACCUGAAGAAGAAGUUCCAGUGUUUGUUUGAGGGCAUCUCUAAAGCAGGAAACCCAACCCUUCUGAAUCAGAUCUACACAGAGCUCUACAUCACAGAGGGAGGGACUGGAGAGGUCAGUGAUGAACAUGAGGUCAGACAGAUUGAAACAGCAUCCAGGAAACCAGCCAGACCAGAAACAACCAUCAGACAAGAAGACAUCUUUAAAGCCUCACCUGGAAGAGAUGAACCAAUCAGAACAGUGAUGACAAAGGGAGUGGCUGGCAUUGGGAAAACAGUCUUAACACAGAAGUUCACUCUGGACUGGGCUGAAGACAAAGCCAACCAGGACAUACACUUCACAUUUCCGUUCACUUUCAGAGAGCUGAAUGUGCUGAAAGAGAAAAAGUUCAGCUUGGUGGAACUUGUUCAUCACUUCUUUACUGAAACCAAAGAAGCAGGAAUCUGCAGGUUUGAAGAGUUCCAGGUUGUGUUCAUCUUUGACGGUCUGGAUGAGUGUCGACUUCCUCUGGACUUCCACAACACUGAGAUCCUGACUGAUGUUACAGAGUCCACCUCAGUGGACGUGCUGCUGACAAACCUCAUCAGGGGGAAACUGCUUCCCUCUGCUCGCCUCUGGAUAACCACACGACCUGCAGCAGCCAAUCAGAUCCCUCCUGAGUGUGUUGACAUGGUGACAGAGGUCAGAGGGUUCACUGACCCACAGAAGGAGGAGUACUUCAGGAAGAGGUUCAAAAGGAGGAGUCAGUCCAGCAGGAUCAUGUCCCACAUCAAGACCUCACGAAGCCUCCACAUCAUGUGCCACAUCCCAGUCUUCUGCUGGAUCACUGCUACAGUUCUGGAGGAUGUGUUGAAAACCAGAGAGGGAGGAGAGCUGCCCAAGACCCUGACUGAGAUGUACAUCCACUUCCUGGUGGUUCAGGCCAAACUGAAGAACGUCAAGUAUGAUGCAGGAUCUGUGACAGAUCCACACUGGAGUCCAGAGACCAGGAAGAUGAUUGAGUCUCUGGGAAAACUGGCUUUUGAGCAGCUGCAGAAAGGAAACCUGAUCUUCUAUGAAUCAGACCUGACAGAGUGUGGCAUCGAUAUCAGAGCAGCCUCAGUGUACUCAGGAGUGUUCACACAGAUCUUUAAAGAGGAGAGAGGACUGUACCAGGACAAGGUGUUCUGCUUCGUCCAUCUGAGUGUUCAGGAGUUUCUGGCUGCUCUUCAUGUCCAUCUGACCUUCAUCAACUCUGGAGUCAAUCUGAUGUCAGAACAAUCAACCUCCCAGAAGUCUGAAACAAGAAAAGAUGAAUCUGCAGAGACACAUUUCUACCAGAGUGCUGUGGACAAGGCCUUACAGAGUCCAAAUGGACACCUGGACCUGUUCCUUCGCUUCCUCCUGGGUCUUUCACUGCAGACCAAUCAGACUCUCCUACGAGGUCUGCUGACACAGACAGGAAGUAGCUCACAGACUAAUCAGCAAACAGUCCAGUACAUCAAGAAGAAGAUCAGUGAGAAUCUGUCUCCAGAGAAAAGCAUCAACCUGUUCCACUGUCUGAAUGAACUGAAUGAUCGUUCUCUAGUAAAGGAGAUCCAACAGUCCCUGAGUUCAGGAAGUCUCUCCACAGAUGAACUGUCUCCUGCUCAAUGGUCAGCUCUGGUCUUCAUCUUACUGUCAUCAGAAAAAGAUCUGGACGUGUUUGACCUGAAGAAAUACUCUGCUUCAGAGGAGGCUCUUCUGAGGCUGCUGCCAGUGGUCAAAGCCUCCAAAAAAGCUCUGUUGAGUGGCUGUAACCUCUCAGAGAGAAGCUGUGAAGCUCUGUCCUCAGUUCUCAGCUCCCAGUCCUCUAGUCUGAGAGACCUGGACCUGAGUAACAAUGACCUGCAGGAUUCAGGAGUGAAGAAGCUGUCUGUUGGACUGCAGAGUCCACACUGUACAGUUGAAUCUCUCAGUCUGUCAGGUUGUCUGAUCACAGAGGAAGGCUGUUCUUCUCUGGCCUCAGCUCUGAGCUCCAACCCCUCCCAUCUGAGAGAGCUGGGCCUGAGCUACAAUCAUCCAGGAGACUCAGGAGUGAAGCUGCUGUCUGCUGGACUGGAGGAUCCAGACUGGAGACUGGAGACUCUCAGGGUGGAUCAUGGUGGAGAGCAGAGGUUAAAACCUGGUCUCAGGAAGUACGCCUGUGAACUGGAACUGGACACAAACACAGUGAACAGAUUCCUCAAACUGUCUGACAACAACAGGAAGGUGACAUGGGUGGAAGGGGAUCAGUCAUAUCCUGAUCAUCCAGACAGAUUUGAGUACUGGCCUCAGCUGCUGUGUAGAACUGGUCUGACUGGUCGCUGUUACUGGGAGGUCGAGUGGAGAGGAGAGGUUUAUAUCUCAGUGAGUUACAGAGGAAUCAGAAGGAAAGGAGACACUGAUGACACUCAGUUUGGAAAAAAUGAUCAGUCCUGGAGUCUGUUCUGCUCUGAUGUUCAUGGUUACUCUGUUUGGCACAAUAACAAAGAAACCAUCACCUCCUCCUCCUCCUCCUCCUCCUCCUCUGUCUCUAACAGAGUAGCAGUGUAUGUGGACUGUCCUGCUGGCUCUCUGUCCUUCUACACAGUCUCCUCUGACAAACUGAUCCACCUCCACACCUUCAACACCACAUUCACUGAACCUCUGUAUCCUGGGUUUAGGUUCUGCUCACUGGGUUCCUCAGUGUCUUUGUUUUCUCUGACAGAAAAGAUGACGACACUUACAGAGGUCCUCUUGAGGACUUUGGAGGAUCUGGGAGCUGAAGACUUUAAAAAAUUCAAGUGGCACCUGUGGCAGAAAGGGGUCCUAGAGGGUUUCCCAGGAAUCCGAAAGAGUCGACUGGAGAAUGCAGACAGAGAGGACACAGUGGAUCUAAUGUUCCAGACCUACUGUAUAAACACUGUUAAAGUUACUAAGAUGGUUUUGGUGAAGAUAAAUCAGAAUGAUUUAUUGGACAAUUUCACAGACACCAUCUCUGAGCCCACGGAGAUUCUGACUAAGUGUAAACUUCAGUUCAAGUCAAACCUGAAGAAGAAGUUCCAGUGUUUGUUUGAGGGCAUCGCUAAAGCAGGAAACCCAACCCUUCUGAAUCAGAUCUACACAGAGCUCUACAUCACAGAGGGAGGGACUGGAGAGGUCAAUGAUGAACAUGAGGUCAGACAGAUUGAAACAACAUCCAGGAAACCAGACAGACCAGAAACAACCAUCAGACAAGAAGACAUCUUGAAAGCCUCACCUGGAAGAGAUGAACCAAUCAGAACAGUGAUGACAAAGGGAGUGGCUGGCAUUGGGAAAACAGUCUUAACACAGAAGUUCACUCUGGACUGGGCUGAAGACAAAGCCAACCAGGACAUACACUUCACAUUUCCAUUCACUUUCAGAGAGCUGAAUGUGCUGAAAGAGAAAAAGUUCAGCUUGGUGGAACUUGUUCAUCACUUCUUUACUGAAACCAAAGAAGCAGGAAUCUGCAGGUUUGAAGAGUUCCAGGUUGUGUUCAUCUUUGACGGUCUGGAUGAGUGUCGACUUCCUCUGGACUUCCACAACACUGAGAUCCUGACUGAUGUUACAGAGUCCACCUCAGUGGACGUGCUGCUGACAAACCUCAUCAGGGGGAAACUGCUUCCCUCUGCUCGCCUCUGGAUAACCACACGACCUGCAGCAGCCAAUCAGAUCCCUCCUGAGUGUGUUGACAUGGUGACAGAGGUCAGAGGGUUCACUGACCCACAGAAGGAGGAGUACUUCAGGAAGAGGUUCAGAGAUGAGGAGCAGGCCAGCAGGAUCAUCUCCCACAUCAAGACCUCACGAAGCCUCCACAUCAUGUGCCACAUCCCAGUCUUCUGCUGGAUCACUGCUACAGUUCUGGAGGAUGUGUUGAAAACCAGAGAGGGAGAAGAGCUGCCCAAGACCCUGACUGAGAUGUACAUCCACUUCCUGGUGGUUCAGACCAAACUGAAGAAUGUCAAGUAUGAUGGAGGAUCUGGGACAGAUCCACACUGGAGUCCAGAGACCAGGAAGAUGAUUGAGUCUCUGGGAAAACUGGCUUUUGAGCAGCUGCAGAAAGGAAACCUGAUCUUCUAUGAAUCAGACCUGACAGAGUGUGGCAUCGAUAUCAGAGCAGCCUCAGUGUACUCAGGAGUUUUCACACAGAUCUUUAAAGAGGAGAGAGGACUGUACCAGGACAAGGUGUUCUGCUUCGUCCAUCUGAGUGUUCAGGAGUUUCUGGCUGCUCUUCAUGUCCAUCUGACCUUCAUCAACUCUGGAGUCAAUUUGCUGUUGGAAAAACAAUCAACCUCCUGGACAGCUAAACUCUUUGGAAGAAAACCUAAAUAUCUCUACCAGAGUGCUGUGGACAAGGCCUUACAGAGUCCAAAUGGACACCUGGACCUGUUCCUUCGCUUCCUCCUGGGUCUUUCACUGCAGACCAAUCAGACUCUCCUACGAGGUCUGCUGACACAGACAGGAAGCAGCUCACAGACCAAUCAGAAAACAGUCCAGUACAUCAAGAAGAAGAUCAGUGAGAAUCUGUCUCCAGAGAAAAGCAUCAACCUGUUCCACUGUCUGAAUGAACUGAAUGAUCGUUCUCUAGUGGAGGAGAUCCAACAGUCCCUGAGUUCAGGACGUCUCUCCACAGAUAAACUGUCCCCUGCUCAAUGGUCAGCUCUGGUCUUCAUCUUACUGUCAUCAGAAAAAGAUCUGGACGUGUUUGACCUAAGGAAGUACUCUGCUUCAGAGGAGGCUCUUCUGAGGCUGCUGCCAGUGGUCAAAGCCUCCAACAAAGCUCUGCUGAGUGGCUGUAACCUCUCAGAGAGAAGCUGUGAAGCUCUGUCCUCAGUUCUCAGCUCCCAGUCCUCUAGUCUGAGAGAUCUGGACCUGAGUAACAAUGACCUACAGGAUUCAGGAGUGAAGCAGCUGUCUGUUGGACUGAAGAGUUCACACUGUACAGUUGAAUCUCUCAGUCUGUCAGGCUGUCUGAUCACAGAGGAAGGCUGUUCUUCUCUGGCCUCAGCUCUGAGCUCCAACCCCUCCCAUCUGAGAGAGCUGGACCUGAGCUACAAUCAUCCAGGAGACUCAGGAGUGAAGCUGCUGUCUGCUGGACUGGAGGAUCCAGACUGGAGACUGGAGACUCUCAGGGUGGAUCAUGGUGGAGAGCAGAGGUUAAAACCUGGUCUCAGGAAGUACGCCUGUGAACUGGAACUGGACACAAACACAGUGAACAGAAAACUCAAACUGUCUGACAACAACAGGAAGGUGACACAGGCGACAAAGUAUCAGUCAUAUCCUGAUCAUCCAGACAGAUUUGACUACUGGCCUCAGCUGCUGUGUAGAACUGGUCUGACUGGUCGCUGUUACUGGGAGGUCGAGUGGAGUGGGAAGGUUAAUAUAUCAGUGAGUUACAGAGGAAUCAGCAGGACAGACAAGGGUAUUGAGUCUAUGUUUGGAAGAAAUGAUCAGUCCUGGAGUCUGUUCUGCACUGAUGGUGGUUACUCUGUCUGGCACAAUUUCAAAAAAACAUCCAUCACCUCCUCCUCCUCCUCUUCUUCCUCCUCCUCUUCCUCCUCCUCCUCCUCCUCUGUCUCUAACAGAGUAGCAGUGUAUGUGGACUGUCCUGCUGGCUCUCUGUCCUUCUACACAGUCUCCUCUGACAAACUGAUCCACCUCCACACCUUCAACACCACAAUCACUGAACCUCUGUAUCCUGGGUUCUUGAUCUCUUUUGUCUCCUCAGUGUCUCUGUGUGAUCUGUAGGUCUGAGAGUCUGUGGAAGUGACAGCAGCUUCAGUCCUGUGGUUUAAAUGUUGGUGGUGGACGAGGUUUCAUUUUGGUUUCCAUUUGAAUCACUGAUUGUGUCUUUAAUGAAGUUGUGCUCACUCUGUGUUGACUCUGAUACUUAGUCCAGUAACAGUUUAAAUAAAUGUAUCUUCAUACUUCA